CUAAAUCUGUGACUGAAUAUUCACACACUGCAUGUGGUUUAUUACAGAUUCCUUACGAUGUUUCGCAUUUUGCUUCUUUGUUCGUCUUUUUUCCCGUCUCUCAAAAAGAUGAGUCGGGCUGUGUCGAGUGCAAGCGCCCUUAUUGCUCGAGUCAUGACGUUUCAGUAACUUGACUUGACUCACAGGCGUUGCAUGUGCCAACCGUACACACGUCUGCAUUUGGCACCACCUCGGAUCCCAGGAGGCAAUCUUGUGUUGGUUUCUCUCGAUCGGAGCUUGACAUUUCCUGUUUUUGUUAGCCCACGUCAGAGUGAAAGUUCGUUCGUCUCUGCAGAGCCACAUUGCAUUAACGGCUCCUCUAAUGCUGAAUGCUGCGGGUAGUCCGCACCGCACAGCCUACGGUCAGUACACGCUGGCACUACGAGACUUGGCCUAAAGGGGGCGCCCAAAAUGAGUCAGGAACCACUGGAGUCCGAAAGGGACUCUGGUCAGGAUGUGUCCGACUUCAACUGGGACGACUACCUCGAGGAGAGCGGGGCCACGUCCGUGCCUCAUCAUGCCUUCAAGCAUGUGGACCAGGGCCUGCAGACGGGCCUGGCGCCAGGCAUGAAGCUGGAGGUGUGUGUGCGCGCGGAGGCCGACAGCCCCUACUGGGUGGCCACCAUCAUCACCACCUGCGGCCAGCUGCUGCUGCUGCGCUACGAGGGUUACCAGGACGACCGGCGCGCCGACUUCUGGUGUGACAUCAUGACCGCCGACCUCCACCCGCUGGGCUGGAGCCGCCAGCAGGGCAAGACCAUGAGGGCCCCUGAAGGGGUGCGUGAGAAGCACCAGGACUGGCAAGUCUUGCUGGAGACGGCCAUUGCUGAGGAGGGCAGCGCACCUGCCAACCUGCUGGAAAUGCCCCAGCGCGGUAAGGACCCGAUGGAGCUGCUGUGCGCCGGCUGCUACGUGGAGCUCCAGGACACCAGUGACCCUGGCCUGGCCUGGGCGGCCGAGGUGGAGGAGAACGUGGGCGGGAGGCUGAAGCUGCGGCCGCUGGGCACUGAGGGGCUGGCCGACACGCCCUCCACCCUCUGGCUCUACUACCUCCACCCCCGCCUCCACCCGCCCGGCUGGGCCCAGGAGCACGGCUGCACCCUCAGGCCCGCCCAAGAUCUGCUGGCCCUGCAGACAGCAGAGGAGUGGGAGGUGGUGAGGCAGCGGAUACAGGAGCUGCCACAAGAUGAUGCUCUGGAUGAGGUGUUUCCCAAGGACCAGACUCCCAUCACGGCUCACAGUUUUAAGGAAGGCAUGAAACUGGAGGCUGUCGACCCGACUGCUCCCAUCUCCAUCAGUCCGGCUACUGUCACCAAGGUGUUUGACGAGCUCUACUUCCUGGUGAAGAUGGACGACCUCUGCGGUAUGGACGAGGGCGACGGUGGCGGCCGUUCCUUCCUGCGCCACAGAGAGAGUCCCGGGAUCUUCCCAGUGCAGUGGAGCCUCAAAAACGGACUGCCCCUCUGCCCGCCCCGAGGCUACCAGGGGCAGGACUUCGACUGGGCCGACUACCUGAAGCAGAGUGAGGCAGAGGCGGCUCCACAGCACUGCUUCUCCGCGACGUUGUUCACCAGCCAAGAGCCGACGGAGCACAGCUUCAAAGUGGCCAUGAAGCUGGAGGCGGUCAACCCUCUGUCACCCGAGAAUAUUCACGUGGCCACGGUCAGCAAGGUCAAAGGGCAAUACAUCUGGCUCAACCUAGAAGGGCUGAAGCAGCCCAUGCCAGAGGUGGUCGUCCAUGUAGACUCCAUGGACAUCUUCCCCGUCAGCUGGUGUGAGACCAACGGCUAUCCUCUGGUCUACCCCAUCAAGCCCCCAGUGGAGAAACAGAGGAAAGUUGCAGUGGUGCAGCCAGAGAAACACAGAUCUCAACCCAAGUCCUCCGCACCUGACUCUGAGAGGCAGCCAACGGGCAGCCAAUCAGAACUAGGUGAGGGAUGUCGCUCCAUCAGAGGGCAGGGGAACGGGAAGUACUGCUGUCCAAAGAUCUACUUCAACCACCGCUGCUUCUCCGGGCCCUACCUCAACAAGGGCCGCAUCGCAGAGCUGCCCCAGUUCAUCGGGCCUGGCAACUGUGUCCUGGUGCUGAAAGAGGUGCUGACCCUGCUGAUCAACUCAGCCUACAAGCCCAGCCGCGUGCUGCGGGAGCUGCAGCUGGACCAGGAGGGCCGCUGGCAAGGUCACGGAGAGACGCUGAAAGCCAAGUACAAAGGAAAGAGCUACCGGGCCACUGUGGAGAUAGUGCGCACUUCUGACCGCGUGGCAGAGUUCUGCAGGAAAACCUGCAUCAAACUGGAGUGCUGCCCUAACCUGUUUGGACCACGGAUGGUUCUGGACCGCUGCUCGGAGAACUGCUCCGUACUCACCAAGACCAAAUACACGUAUUAUUACGGCAAGAAGAAGAGUAGGCGGGUGGGCCGGCCUCCCGGGGGUCACUCCAACCUUGAAGGAGGGGCGAAGAGGAGAGGAAGGAGGAGGAAGAGGAGGAACGGCCUCUUCGUGCACAAGAAGAGGCGUUCUUCAGCCUCGUUGGACAACACGCCCGCCGGGUCUUUGCAGGGCAGCGGAGAUGAGGAGGACCUGGACGAAGACGAGUCCCUGAGCGAGGACUCUGGCUCGGAGGUGCAGGACGAGCUUCAGGAUGACUCUGAGUACUCGGUGGGGAAGUCCCUCCCCGCCACGCCCUCCCCCUCGCCGCCAGCCACACCCCGGCCCACGCGGCGCCGGCGGAAGCCCUGCUCACCGUCCUUCUCCGAUGACGAAAACCGCCCGCCGUCACCCAAGAUCGCCAAGACGGAGCCGCCACAGAAGCUGUGUUUGGACACCAGCCCCCUGGAGUGGAGCGUCCCAGAUGUGGUGCGGUUCAUCAGGACCACCGACUGUGCCCCUCUCGCCCGCAUCUUCUUGGACCAGGAGAUUGACGGACAGGCGCUACUCCUGCUCAACCUGCCAACAGUCCAGGAGUGCAUGGACCUGAAGCUGGGACCAGCCAUUAAGCUCUGCCACCACAUCGAGAGGGUGAAGCUAGCGUUCUAUCAGCAAUUUGCCACCUAGC